GAGCAAAAAGCUUGGCUAAAAGCAGCAUCUACGCUUAUGGCAAUUGCAACUACUCGCAAGCAAUGUAUCUGUAUCUGUAUCUGUGGCCAAUAGUCGUGUUAGUGUGGGUUCGUGCUGCGAACUACGAUCUGCAAGCUGCGAGCGCAGGAGACAAAGUCGUAGUCGUAGUCGUAGUCGAAGCCGCGACUACUAUAUAAAGCUCUUAAAUAGGGCCGCCGCUGCACAGUUCGAUCCGUUGCAGCUUUCACUUACCACAGCCAAACGGGCAACGGAGCAAUCGCGCAACUUCUGCAACUUCAACUGCAACUGCAACUGCAACUUAAGGCAGAGUGAUCAAGUGGCACAUCGCAAACUGUAAACUGUGAAUGACAAUUACAACACAAGUUCGCAAGUGAACAAUCUAUCAACAUUACAUAAAAUGAAAGUGCUUAUACUCAUCUCGCUGCUCGCUUUGUCGUGCCACGCCCAGCAUCAGCACCAGCAUCAGCAUCAUGCACACCUCAAUGCGAAUAACAUUCCACGCGACGAGAAGCCAGAUCACCGUCAUGAGGAUCCUCGCGAGACCAGCACCUGGAUUCCCAUUCUGAAGUACAACAAGGAGCAGAGCGAGGAUGGCAGCUACAAGACCGAAUACGAGACGGGCAACAAUAUUGUGCACGAGGAGACGGGCUUCCUCAAGGACUUCGAGACCAAUCCGAAUGGAGUGCUUGUCCAGCAUGGACAAUAUUCGUAUCAAUCUCCAGAGGGUACUCUGGUCAAUGUGCAGUACACAGCCGAUGAGAAUGGCUUCCGUGCCACCGGGGAUCACAUACCCACACCACCCGCCAUACCGGAGGAGAUUCAGAAGGGACUUGAUCAAAUCUAUGCGGGCAUUAAGCUGCAGCAGGAGCGAUUGGAGCAGCGGGCCAAGAACGAUCCUGCUUUUGCCAAGAAACUCGAGGAGCGACGAGUUGCCAAUCAGAAUGGUCAAUACAUUGGCCUGCUAGAGAACCAAUAGAGAGUGCACCAAUAGAGAGAGAGAGAGCGCCGUAGAACCUAAACCUCAACCAGGAAAUCAAGUGCUGCACAUAAUUCGAGAAUUCUUCCAAAUUGAUGCGAAAGAAAGACUGUGAUUUCUGAUAUCAAAUGCAAAUUGAAAUUAACAUAUUCCUGGAAAUUCGCACGUAACACAUAAAUCAAAAAAAAAAAAACUAAUCAAAAUACUUCAGCACAAA